AUGGAGGGUUCAAAGCGUCUUUUGAGAUCAAAUGAGUACGUGCUCCCACCCAAUGGACUGAUGGAGACGGAUCUGGAGCUCACAUUCUCACUACAGUACCCCCAUUUUCUGAAGAGGGAUGCCAACAGACUGCAGAUUAUGCUGCAGAGGAGGAAACGCUACAAGAAUCGAACCAUCCUCGGAUACAAAACUCUGGCUGUGGGAGUCAUCAAUAUGGCUGAGGUGAUGCAACACCCGACAGACGGAGGACAGAUCCUGGGUCUCCAUAGCAACGUGAAGGAGGCGCCAGUGCGUGUGGCGGAGAUCAGCGUGUACUCUCUCUCCAGCCAGCCCAUCGACCACGAGGACGGCAGCGGCCAGGCCGGGCGCAAGACCAAAACCUCAGACCGCUCCCCAGACAUGGAUAACUAUUCUGAGGAGGACGAUGACAGCUACUCGUCGGAGCAGGAAGCCAGCGAUGACGCAGUUCAUGCCCAGGACCUUUAUGAUGAAGAUGACGAGGUCAGGAAGCCGAAGAAAGCCCGGAGGAAAAUGAUCCGAACCACCUCCAUGACCAGGCAACCUAACUUCAAGCAGAAGUUUGUGGCCUUGCUGAAAAGGUUCAAGGUAACAGAUGAGGUGCUGGACUCUGACCCUGUUGACCAGACCCAGGAGGUGGAGGAGGAUCUGGACUUACUCUACGACAGCCUGGAGGUGUACAACCAGAGCGACAGCGGGCCGGAGAUGGAGGACAACGAGAGCGUCCUGAGCACGCCCAAGCCCAAACUCAAGCCGUUCUUUGAAGGGAUGUCUCACUCCAGCUCCCAGACAGAAAUUGGAAGCAUACACAGCCAAAAGAGCCAGCAGAGAGAGCUGUCCUGUCCUACUGGUGACUUUCUGACCGUGGACAGAUGUAAAGUGCAAGGGGCCCGGUAUCAAGAUGACAGCAACACCGAAGCAACCGUCGGGGAACCAGAGACUGAGGACAGCGGGCCAGGGCCGGGGGAGGUGAGCAGCUGGGAUGUCAACACUGAGCGGGUGACCAGCACUGUUGGCAAGCUCUGCAAGACGGAGUCCCAAAACCACAUGUCUCCCAGGUACAGUGCUGAGAACAGGCCUGCAGAGGCUCCUCCCAGCCACCUCCAUGAAAGACGACAGAACUCCAAGUCCCGCGUUGGGUAUGUGUCCGAGCUGCUCCACGAAAAGGGCCAGCCCAUCGUGUCCACCUGCUCUGCUGCUGAUGUUCAGGCUGCCUUCAACACCAUCGUCACUCGCAUCCAGAGAUUCUGUAACUGCAAUGCACAGACACCCCCGACGAUGAAGGUUGCGGUGGCCGGCGACCAGAGUUACCUCAGCACCAUCCUGAGGUUCUUCGUGGAGCAACUGGCCAACAAGACACCCGACUGGCUCAGUUACAUACGCUUCCUGGUCAUCCCCAUAGGUAAGUCCUCCAGGAUUAGUGCAAACACCAGCUAA